UGAAUCAGAAGCUGUUCAAUAUUAUAAAAACUUAGCAAUGGAUUAUAAAAAAAAGUGGAAAGAUAUUCAGCAAGAACUUGAAGAAUUUCAGGAGAGUAGUAGAGAAUUAGAAGCAGAAUUAGAAGCUCAAUUGACACAAGUAGAGAAUCAAAAUAAAGAACUCAAUUCAAUAAAUAGUCAUUUACAAAUGGAAUGUGAAAAAUUACAGGAUAAAUUAAAGCAAGCAAGACAUGAAGGGCAACGCCAAACAAAAUAUCUUCAGGAAGAAUUAUCUCGUGUAACUCAAAUAAAAGAUGAACUACAUAAGUAUAUUCGGCAGCUGGAACAAUCAAAUGAUGAUUUGGAACGAGCUAAACGUGCUACAGUGUCAUCAUUAGAAGAUUUUGAAGCAAGAUUAAAUAAUGCCAUAGAAAGAAAUGCUUUCUUGGAAAAUGAGUUGGAUGAUAAAGAAACAUUAAAAGUAAUGGUUCAGAGGUUAAAAGAUGAAGCUAGAGAUCUCAAACAAGAAUUGAAAAUUCAUCAAGCAGGUAAACUUAAUAACAUAUCCCAAUAUUUGGAUGAAAAUUCGAAACUAGAAAGUUUGGAAAAAUGCAAUGAAAGAACAGAAGAAGAUGAAAAAAUAAAUACAAUUACUAAAUGUUUAAUAGAGAAUCAUGAAAAACCUACUGUUACUCCUGCAACACGCAUUUCUGCUUUAAAUAUUGUUGGAGAUCUCUUAAGGAAAGUGGGAGUUCAUGUUAUCAUAUUGGCUGUUGGGAUUAACCAAACAAAAUUGCAAAGGAUUUCUGAGUGGUGCAGUAAAAUCCCUUCCUUCUAAAUGUUAAACUAACAUUUAAUACUAAAAUAUGCUUGUAAUAAAAUUAAUUUUAAGAAUUCUUGAUUAUUUAUGAUAGUUCCAUGAAUAUUUUAAUCUAAAUAUUUCAUUAACUUUAUAUAAUUUCACAGUUUAGAUUGAACUCUACCUGAAUAUUUUUUGAUUCUAGAUAAAUUUUAUAAAGAAGCUUGU